CUCUCUUUCACCGAUGGGCAUUGUGAAGGCAGCAAGUGGUGCGGCGACAGCAGGCAGCUGCGGAGACGAGGGUCUUAUGAGAGAGGAGAGGUUGCUGCUUCAGAGCUUUCCUAGUCAAGGAUCUGAUGACUGCGAACAGGCCGAGGUCGAUUGCGAGCUUGCGAUGUCUGGAGGCCAGGUGUGCAAUGUACCUUAUGGGCUUUAUGAUCUGCCUGAACUGAAGGACAUACUUUCUUUGGAGGGGUGGAACUUGUGUCUAACAGAAGACGAUAGGUUUCGUCUAGCAGCCUACCUCCCUGACAUGGACCAAGAAGACUUGUUUACAACACUGACGGAGCUGUUCAGCGGCAGCGCUAUGUUCUUCGGUAGUCCACUUAGAGGUUUUUUCGACAGAUUGAGUGGUGGAUUUUAUUCUCCAGAAGUUUCCCAGGCAAGAGAAUUACUGGCGGACUUCCAAAGACGAAAGUAUUAUCAUUUUCUGAGACUGUAUCACAAUGGCAUGGUUUGGAAGUUCACAUGCAUGGACAGGCUGUUGAGAACUGGUAUGAGUACUAGCCUCGAGGAGAAGAUUCACAUCUGGCACAACUGGAUACACGAGAAGCCUCUCACGUUUGCGGAUCCAAACAGUUCUCCGAUGAAUGCAAGUCUACCAACUAUCACCAGUUCCUCACUAUUGAAGCGAGCUAAACUUAUGGAAGGGACAUCAACUACUAACUGUUCAGCCAAACACAAGGAGAUAGUCCACAGAGUGAAAUCAAUGGAAAUGGGGUCAUCAACAAGUCACGUUUUCCGCAGUCAAGAUGAGCCUGAUGAAAAAUGUGGUAAACUACCAAAAGGUGUGCUUAAAACAAAAAGUGAUUAUGAUGCCCUUGCUGAUGUCAACGAAGGAAUACAUCAUACACCAGGACUGAUCCCACUCACACAUCACGGUGUGCAGAACUUCUUUGGGCAGUUCAAGCUCAAGUCCCUGGCAACGGGAGGGUGCACUGGAAACGUACCCUCUCUUGGUCAAAGGUCCAUCUGGAGUCCAGCAUACUUUUUUAGAGGAGCUCAAAAGAGGCAACCAUUCUGCAAUGUUGAGAGGGUAUGAGUCAACAUAUAAACCGGGCUUAGCAUAUUCAAAUGAAGCAAAUGGCACAAGAGAAUCCACCCACGAGAAGAACCUUUUGAAUAGCUUUGGUCAACGGAGCGCCAUGAAUCCUGCUGAUCCCUACGC